GCACAACCCCGCCCCCUCAUUUCGAGUGAUCUGCGGCGCCAUUAUCAAAGAUGAGAUCUCAUGGCGACGGGGGCGGAGGAGGGCAGCACUGGACUGGAGUUCCUAUCAGAUCCGGUUCCCUUGCCGGAUCUUGCAUCAAGCGAUUUCACGCCAGCGGGUGAGCCAGAUACUUGUCUUACACAGUCAGCUGCUGAAUCGAGCAUCGGAGAUAUUGGGGACGUACGCACCCCUUACAUUCCAGUUCGCAUGAACAACGGCUGCGAAGAACUGAGCUUGUUGGCGGCCGAUUCGCAACAAUCAACAGGGAAGGAUUACCCUCAAGCCCCCGGGUGGACAAAAAGGGUUCAUAUUGGGCGAGCCCCUGUCGAGCGUCCACCUUGUGUUGUAGUGUACAUAGUGCAUAUUCUCGCUGAGGGUGAAGAACUCUCAUGUGAAUGUGAUAACUUUAAGCACACAGGAUUGCUAUGCUGCCAUUCAGUUAAGGUUCUUGAUUUCUUGGGUAUAGACAAAAUUCCAUCAAAGCAUAUCCUCAAAGGGUGGACAAAAGAUGCAAGAGAUAUACUUCCAAAUCACUUGGCACACCUACAAAGAGACAAGAUUUCAGCCAACUCCAUAACAUUCAGACAUUCAAAUUUGUAUGCACACGCUUUAGUGGUUGUAAAACUUGGUGAUGCAAAUCCAAUUGCAUAUGAUUGCGCGAUGGAACUUCUUAGGGAAGCAAUGGAUAAACUGAGCCCUUUAGCUGCUGAGCAUGAUGGUCUGGGUUUGGAACACAUAAUUUAAUUCAAGAAGACAAAAGGUACAGAAUUGAGUCUCUUGCAAGGACCACAAGAUGGAAACAUGAGCGAUCAUGAAGGUAGUGCCGUCGGAAAUUUCUUUGGAUUGUCAGCUCCAGAACGCAAAUGCAAAGCCGGUCGACCAACAAACAGCAGAGACAAGCCUCCGUAUGAUGACCGAUCUGUGAAGAGCAAAAAAUUUAAGGUCACAUCACAACUUGAUGCAGCUAUCGGAUGCAAUACAAGCCAACGAACACUGUUCUGCACUACAUGACGUGGCCCUGGUCAUGAGAGCACGACGUGUCCACAAAGAGGGACACCCCUCAAAAGAAAAGGAAAGAACCAAAAUGCUCAACCUGCGGAGUGGGAGGGCAUCGAAAGAAGACCUGUAACAAUCCUAAGAUUGUCGUGCAUGUUGCCGAGCAACCUACUAAUUAUCCUGCUAUCGAACCAUGAUUAAUCUAUGCAAGCAGCGAGCAUCUUUCCGCUGUAUCCUGACUGCUCACUGCCAGGCCCCUGAUAUACAUUAUGUAUUGUCAUCUUAGUAAUAUGUAUUCGGCUGAACCCUGAGCAGUCUAGAUGUGUUGUUUAAAACUAAUUUCAUGUUCUUAUAACAAAUAUCUCACAUUAAUCUCCA